CCCUGAGAGGUGGAGUUGGAUGAAAAUAGGUGUGUAUAAGAACUCAUUGAAUACGAGGGUGAGUCAGAGAGGACUGCUGAAGGAGAGCAAGCUGCUGCCGUUAGAACUGCAUACGUUAGACCAACGUUAGAACAACAUUAGAACCACGCGAUGCAAGCCUACCUUCUGUUUUCCAUCAGUCUGUGUCUGGCUGUUGGGAGCUUGGCAGAACGCCUUUCCACUUUGUAGUUUUCUCAAGAAUGAGCAUGAUGUCAUUUACAGCAACCAUAGAGCCCAAACUCCAAUAUAAACUGAGUAUACCAAACAUUAGGAACACCUUCAUAAUAUUGAGUUGCCCUCAGAACAGCCUCAAUUCGUCGGGGCAUGGACUCUACAAGGUGUCAAAAGCGUUCCACAGGGAUGCUGGACCAUGUUGACUCCAAUGCUUCCCACAGUUGUGCCAAGUUGGCUGGAUGUCCUUUGGGUGGUGGACAUUCUUGAUACACACGGGAAAAUAUUGAGCGUAAAAAACCCAGCAGCAUUGCAGUUCUUGACACAAACCGGUGCGCCUGGCACCUACAACUAUACCCUAUUCAAAGGCACUUAAAUAUUUUGUCUUGCCCAUUCACCCUUUGAAUGGCACACAUACACAAUCCAUGUCUCAAUUGUCUCAAGGCUUAAAAAUCCUUAGUUUUUCUUCUUUGUUUUGUAUUUUUACCUGCUUUGUCUCCCAAUGUUGAUGUUGUCUCAUCGCUGCAACUCCCCAACGGGCUCGGAAAUGGCAAAGGUCGAGUCAUUCGUCCUCCGAAACAUGACCCGCCAAACCGCGCUCCUUAAAACCCGCCCGCUUAACCCGGAAGCCAGCUGCACCAAUGUGUUGGAGGAAACACCGUUCAACUGACGACCGAAGUCAGCCUGCAGGCGCCAGGCUCGCCACAAGGAGUCGCUAGAGUGCGAUGAGCCAAGUAAAGCCCCCCCGGCCAAACCCUCCCCUAACCCGGGCGACGCUGGGCCAAUUGUGUGCCGUCCUAUGGGACACCCGGUCAUGGCCGGUUGUGAUAAAAAUCCUUCUUUAACCUGUCUCCUCCCCUUCAUCUACACUGAUUGAAGUGGAUUUAACAAGUGGCAUCAAUAAGGGAUCAUAGCUUUCACCUGGAUUCACCUGGACAGUCUAUGUCAAGGAAAGAGCAGGUGUUCUUAAUAUUUUGUAUACUCAGUGUACACAUUCUACUAAUCACAGAAAUGUAAACCUUUCAAUAAAGAAGGUAGACGAAAGGAUCUGAAACAAGAGUAGCUCCGAUGCAUUGUCUUGAUAGACAUACAGAGCAGUAUUCUAUAGUGAAGCCAUAAUGACUUUAUCAAGCCCACAUCUCUUUAAAAAAUAGAUGGUAUACGACUAUGUAUGACUUUAUUCAUAAGUUGGUUUAUCACAGGCAGCUAUAAUUGUAAAGUUCAUUGCCCCUAGGCUGACAUGAUAUUGAACAUUCUGUGUUUUUGUGUAUUGUAUUGUAUUGUUUUGUAUUGGUUUCAAUUCUCACGAACACAAUGAAAGACGUUGUGUUUUGCAUUCUCAAACUGACAUUUUUUUCCAACUCUGGGUUGUUGCAUUGUGUUCGUGAGUAUUGAAACCAAUAAAAAAAACUGUGCUUGAUGAAGUUGUUUUAUUUUAUUUGUAUAUGUAAAUUGUAUUGUUUUGUAUGAUUUGGCAAAUGUAAUACAAUUGUAUUUAACACACUGAAGAAGGUUGACACCGAAAUGUCUGUGUGCACUAUUGCACAGUAUCACUGCUAAAAAUGCUUGUUUGCUGCUUUUAGGGUCUAUUUGUGUUAAUGAGUACAGGAGAUGGGCCACAGUCAUGAUACCUAGGUUAGCUAAGGUAAUUAACUUUGUUAACCCAUGGGACACCUGUAUGGGUAAGUCCCAAAUGGUUUUAUGUUCUGACAAACAAAACACACAUCCACACACACACACACACAGUCUGCUUAUUUUAUGGAUGUUUCAUGACUCGCACAUGACCUUCUGCCUGACCUUGUACCAUUCUCUCAGUGAGAGAGAAAACAUGGCCCUGAGAGGUGGAGUUGGAUUAAAUAGGUGUGUAUAAGAACUCAUUGAAUACGAGGGUGAGUCAGAGAGGACUGCUGAAGGAGAGCAAGCUGCUGCCGUUAGAACUGCAUACGUUAGACCAACGUUAGACCAACGUUAGAACCACACGAUGCAAGCCUACCUUCUGUUUUCCAUCAGCCUGUGUCUGGCUGUUGGGAGCUUGGCAGAACGACCUCAUCCAUGUAGUAAGUGAGAAAAACGUAAAUUCCUUAUUGAUAUACUUUUAGAAUAACCAACUAAAUGCACCGCCACGUGUUAAAAUCAAAUUACACUAAACAUAUUGUCUAUAGCCUAGACAUGUUAAUAGCCUGAGGAAUGCCAGAUUGCGUCUCUAUUUGGAAAAUCGUUUUCUACCUGUUUGUAGUACUGAAUGAAUAUGACUAAUUUAUGUUUUUCACAUUAAAGAAUCACCACCUUUGUUCGAGGGUAGUAUGGCACUGGUAAGUCUUAAAAAUAUAUAUAUCAAGCCCACCAGAGAAAUCUUUACAUAUUGUCUUUGUUAACAAACCACUACCUUUGCUACCUGUGAAAGGAUAGUUGUAAUGAGUUUUUAUGGCACCCAAAACCAUUCUGUGAUUUUAUUUGGCUAUAUAAAUAAGAGGUACUGUGUAUAUACUGCAGUAUGGUUUAAUUUAAUUGAGAUGAGCACUAAGUGAUCUCCUGAUAUUGUAACUUUCAUGUUCAAAUGAAAUAGGCAUGCUUCUCUUUAUAAAUAAUCCCUGAAUGGUAUCAUGUGUGUAUUUUCUAUCACACAUUCAAACAGACGAUCCUCAAGGAGAAAACUUUUGGUGUUGAGAAAUUCUCCUAUGAUGCUUUUGAAGAGAGGGUCCACAUCCGACUUCUUCUGGACCAGGACAACCACACCACCUACAGAGACACCCUUCUUCUCUAUAAAGAGGUUUGAACUUACAGAUGCAUAUUCUAUACAUUAUCAUUGUUAUUCAGGGGGUUUAACUUUAUGAUGAUAAAAACCAUUCUGACUUGUGUCUACUCUUGUUCAUCUUCUCAGGGUAUAGCUUAUCAAAUCUUCCGCCAUAACCAAACCUGUGAGAAGGUCCACUUUAAGGAUCCUUGGAAGCCAAUGGAGAUCCCCAGGGAUGCCAAGUUCCAGUCACAGGUGGUCAUUGGGAGCCUCUCCGCUCCUGCAGAAGGGCUGCUGGUCAACAACUGGUCAGGAACAAUGGCAGAGCCUCAUGGUGAGUGAGUGACGAAUACUCCAGAAAAACUCUGACUAACUACUGAUUAUUAUUUAUAUUCACAGCUAAACUCCCUUAGCAUGAGUGACUUAUGAAAUGUAAUCAAGACCUUGGCAUAAAUCAAUCGGUAUGCUGUUCACAUAGCUAGUGAUUUGUAUAAUCUUUGCACAUUUUAUUAUAAUGUCCAUGCACACUCCUUACAGAUGAUUACCUCCUCACUUUCACCGAGUUUGGUUGCCUGCCCGUUCAUGCCUGGUGGUACAACAUUGAGCGCCAAAGCCUUCUAAGGUAAGUGGUACACAAUCUCAAUUUUAGGCAGUAUUGUUUGAUUUAAACUCAUUCAACAUUAACCUUGUUAGAUACUUCCUUAUGCGUUAUUGCAGUUGUAAAUCCUGAAACAGUUGUCAUAUACAGUAUCUCAUGAAGGGACUAUGGCAGGGUUCUUCAAUUCCGGUCCUGGAGGGCCGAAACACUUCUGUUUUUUAUUUCUACCUGGUAGUUAAUUGCACUCACCUGGUGUCCCAGGUCUGAAUUAGCCCCUGAUUAGAAGGAGAGGAUGAAAAACAGAGGUGUUUCGGCCCUCCAGGACCGGAAUUGAAGAACCCUGGACUAUGGUCUUGUUUGAGAAACACUGCAUUGAGAAAGAGCCAAUGUCUGAAUACUUUUAGCCUGACGGGGGCUUUUAUGUUACUGUCUGUUUCAUCUCUAGUCUGAGUUUCUUUGACAUGGUGCUUGGAGUUGAGGACCCUGAAGUUUUCAACCCUCCUUCUUUCUGUGACAAAGCAGAGCCGGACAACGAUGGAGCACUGACAAGUUUCGUUGAUACCCUCAUUUGAGUUAAUAGUGACGCAUCAAAGCAUUUUCCACUUCCUACUCUACUAUGAUCAUUUAAAGUAAUUACUUCAUAAACUAUAUUAAACUAUUGUUAACGCAAACA